AUGUCUUUGCUUCGGCAAAUUGCUAAUAUUUGUGGCUGUGGCGAACGUAGUAGUGAUAUUAUUGAUGAUACUCGUGGCUACGGGAUUCCCCGUAGUAAUAUCUUCAAUGAUAAUUGUAGCUACGCGUUUCGUCAUAGUAAUAUUAUUUUAAAAUUGGCUCUGUUCCUCGGAACAGUGUUUACUCUUUAUAAUAUCGGACGGAAGAUCUUAUCUUUGUGGAAUGGAACGCCUGAACUGACGUCACCCGACGUCAGUGAAGUCAUCCAAAACACCAUUGAUAUCCCUGAGGACAUUAACAACGCUGUAUCGACUUUGAAGGAAGUUUACGACAAGAACUUGGAAACUGUCGAAGUGGAAAUGGAACUGGUUCGAAGCGAAAACUCUCGUCUGCGAGCGACGUUGCUCGAGAAGGAAAAUUUGUUUGACCAAAUGACUGAAAACAUCGACAGUUUGAGACGAAGAGUUAUCCAGGAUUUCGAAGGAAGAAUGAACAGACUGGAUUAUGAAAGAAGUCAGUUGAGAAUGGAACAACUGGAACGAUCUCGAGAGGCCGAAGAAUUUCAACAUAUAAUUGGCCGUCUUGAAGAGCAGGUCCAGGCUUUGACAGAAGACAACAGGAAACUGGAGACCGAAAAUGUCGACAAGGAUAAAGUGAUGGAAAAUCUCCAAGAAAGCAACAUGCAGUGUGAAGCGAUGAAGAAUGGUUUGCAGCAAGAGGUCAGGAAUCUCAGCCGACAGAACUCUGAAAUGGAGAUAAAUGUGGCCGAUCUGACGAAAGAAAAGACUGAGCUGGAAGAAAAGAUGGCAGAUUUGGGAAAGAAAUUUGAAAAGGAAGUUCAUGACCUCGAGCAGAGGCUGAGUCACCAUCAAGAUAUAAUUAUAGAAAAGGACUUAGAGAUUGAAAGGCUUAACAAAGAGGCGACAGAAAAGGCAGAGAUGAUAGAAGAGCUGAAAAAACAAGUCCAAAGUUUAGUUGAGGGAAAAAAGGAACUUAAAAUCGAAAUGGAAGGCAACAUUGAUCGUCUUAUGCUUGAGUUCAAUAAUCUUCAUACGAAAAAGGAUAUCCAGAUAGAAAAGUGUAAGCAAGACGUGAUAGAAAAGGAAGAAAAAAUUGAAGAUCUGGAGAAUAUUGUGCAGAAUUUACUCGAAGAAAACAAGAAUAUUAAAAAUGAAAUGGAAUGCAAAGUAAAUGGCCUUAGUCAAGAGCUCAGAAGACAGCAGGAUCUCAAUAAGGAGGAGACUGAAAAGUUUGAAAUAGACAUAUUAGAAUUUAGACAAACGAUUGGAGGUCUGGAAAGUGAGGUCGUCUCCUUGUUGAAAGAAAAGGAAAGCCUGAAGAUUGAAACGGAAAAGGAAAUGAACGACCUCAUAUCUGCGAAAAUGGAAAAGGAAGAGAAGCUGGAACUAUUUAGAAAAGAAGUCAUUGCUUGUGGACAAACGAUUGAAGGCCUGGAAAGUGAAGUCGUCUCCUUGUUGAAAGAAAAGGAAAGCCUGAAGAUUGAAAUGGAAAAGGAAACGAACCACCUCAUAUCUGUGAAUAUGGAAAAGGAAGAGAAGCUGGAACUAUUUAAAAAAGAAGUCAUUGCUUGUGGACAAACGAUUGAAGGUCUGGAAAGUGAGGUCGUCUCCUUGUUGAAAGAAAAGGAAAGCCUGAAGAUUGAAAUGGAGAAGGAAAUAAUGGACCUGAAAGAAGAGAUGACUAAUCUGCAGGAUAUGAAUUUGGAAAGGGACAUGGAGAUUGAAAAAUUUAAAAGGGAGGUAAUUGAAAAUGGAGAAAUAGUUGAAGUUCUGGAAAAUGAGAUCGUCUCCUUAAUGAAAGAAAAGGACAGCCUGAAAAUUGAAAUGGAAAAAGAAAUAACAGACCUAAUAUCUCUGAAUAAGGAAAAGGAAGAGCGGCUAGAACAAUUUAAAACAGAAGUCAUUGAUUGUGAACAAACGAUUGAAAGUCUGGAAAAUGGGUUGUGA